AAUAUGAUAAAAUAAAGAAAAAUCAAUUUUUAGACAAUAAACCUUUACGUUUCCACAUCAAAGUUACAUAUAUUACUUCAUUUUUGUUUUCCAUUUUAUGCCUAUUGGUGUUCCAAAAGUUCCCUUUCGAAGUCCUGGAGAGGAAGAUGCAUCUUGGGUUGACAUAUACAACCGACUUUAUAGAGAAAGACUACUUUUUUUAGGCCAAGAGGUUGAUAGUGAAAUAUCGAAUCAACUUAUUGGCCUUAUAAUAUACCUUAGUAUGGAGGACGAGAACAAAGAUUUGUAUCUGUUUAUAAAUUCUCCGGGCGGAUGGGUAAUACCCGGAAUAGCAAUUUAUGAUACUAUGCAAUUUGUACGACCCGCUGUACAGACAGUAUGCAUGGGAUUAGCUGCUUCAAUGGGAUCUUUUCUUUUGGCAGGAGGAGAAAUUACCAAACGUCUAGCAUUCCCUCACGCUUGGAUUAGGGUAAUGAUCCAUCAACCCGCUAGUUCUUUUUAUGAAGCACAAACGGGAGAAUUUAUCCUGGAAGCAGAAGAACUACUAAAGCUGCGCGAAACUAUCACAAGAGUUUAUGUACAAAGAACGGGCAAACCUGUAUGGCUUGUAUCCGAAGACAUGGAAAGGGAUGCUUUUAUGUCAGCAGCAGAAGCUCAAGCCCACGGAAUUGUUGAUCUUGUCGCGGUUGCGAAUUAGCAGCAAUGAUUCCGCGCAAAUGCACGAUUUUCUAUUUUUUUUUUUAUUCAUCUAAUCUUCUUAUUAUCUUAUCGGAUUUCUUAUAACUUAUAAUAUUUAUAUAAAAAAUUUCUAUUAAUUAAUUUUUAACUGAUUUUUAAACAUCGGGUUAAGAUUGAUCUAAACCAACUCAGUAUGUAUACGACUCACCAUGCCAACUAUGAAACAACUUAUUAGAAACACAAGACAGCCAAUCCGAAAUGUCACAAAAUCCCCCGCUCUUCGGGGAUGUCCUCAGCGCCGAGGAACCUGUACUAGGGUGUAUGUGCGACUCGUUCAGAUCAUAGACUAAGACAAAAAAAAAAAAGGAAAAAAGAUUUUCCA